UGUCUUUAGCCUCCGUUGUUUGACGCUCCACUCCUCUGCAGGGCACCCAUUCACAGCAGUGAGGAGAGUGACACAUCCAGAGCCAUGAAUCCCAAGGAUAAGCCGAAAUCAAAGAUCUCGGCUUCCCGCAAGCUCUCCCUCAAAAUCCUGCUCCUCACUAGAGCUUGUGAGGAUCUGGAGCGGGAGAAGCAGGAAAGGGAUGAGGAAAAAGUGCGUUACCUGGGAGAGAAGUUGCCCCCCUUGCAACUCUCUGGAAUGCCACUGGCUGAGCUCCAGACUCUAUGCAAGCAGCUUCACGCAAAAAUUGACAUUGUGGAUGAGGAGAGAUAUGACUGUGAAUCCAAAGUGAACAAACACAACAAAGACAUCCAUGAGCUGAAGCUGAAGGUGCAGGAUCUCGGAGGCAAGUUCAAAAAGCCUGCCUUGAGGAAGGUGAGAGUGUCAGCAGACGAGAUGAUGAGAGCUCUCCUGGGCUCCAAACACAAGGGCUCCAUGGACCUCAGAGCCAACCUCAAGUCUGUGAAGAAGGAGGACGUCAAACAAGACAAGGUACUUACUAGUGAAGUUGGUGACUGGCGUAAGAACGUGGAGGCCAUGUCUGGCAUGGAGGGCCGCAAGAAGAUGUUCGAUGCAGCUGGCGGGGCGCAGUGAGAAACUCUGUGAAGAGCAGCGCAAAGGAUGAAGCUGAAGAACACAGAUGGGGGAGGGAAGGAGAAGGAGGUUAUUUGGAAAAAAUGAUCUUAAUGGCCAAUCGGCUGGAAACAUUUUAACUUGACCACAAUGUGUAGGAAUAAACGCAGGCAUAGACAUGUAAGUCAUAGGCUUGUAAAAAACCCCAGUGCAUCACCAGUGCCUGCAUUCGGUUGAUGGCCAUUUCCAGUGGAAUGACUAAAAGCACUUCAAGUGUAAAAUGAGCAGAAACUUGUUAUUUAUUACCAGAGAAGAUGUUUUGUUAUUACACAUGUUUAGAGACUUAGAAUGGAAAUAAAUUAACAGAUAUUGUG